AUGAAUUCAGAGAGGAAUCGUACGCGGAGGGAGAGAACCUUUGUGGGGAGUGAAUGUGCCGUCUGUGAAGAGCCAUUGGAACAUACGUUACGCGGCGAGAGGAUUUUACAGUUUUCGUGUCAACACGUCUCCCACGAAGCAUGCUUCUACGAGUUUAUACGUGAAUUCGAGUCACAGUACUGCCCAUCAUGCAAUGCGCCAUUACAUCUGGACACCACUCGUGGAGGUAACGUUCUAGAUAUUGAGAAAAUAACGAACAUAGUGCGAUCAGCAUCUUCCGGUGAUAGUAGAUCAAUUACUACACCGACACAGACAAGUAAUGCUUGGGAUAAUCAGGGUGGUCGACCGCCUAGCGGCGAGUCUAAUGCUAGGAGUCAUGCUCCGAGUAAUAGUGGUCGUGAGAGCGUGGCCCGUGGGAGUCUCAGAGAUAGCCGAGAUAGUCGAGAACAACCCAAUACGGAUCGGUACGUAGCAGCGCAUAGACAUGGUCGUAGCGAUAGCGAAGCGACCGGUGUCGCCUCAUCAACAGGCUAUCCCGAAACAGCACAGAGUGGUCCCCCGCGCCGACAUGACUACGAUGUCCAAGCUAUGGAGACAACACCAGGUAGCCCACGAGCUAUGGCCCGUAACCCAAUUCCACCACCAUCCGUUGUGGUUCGGUCUGAAUUCCCGACGAUUACGCGAUCUCGACAGCAGCAGACUUUAACGUGCCUUGUCACUGUGGAAGUCGCCGACAACAAAUGGAGACCAGAUCCUGAGGAUCUAGGCGUCGUGAGCCAGACACCGCAGGCGCGCGUGGAGGAGGCUUUCACCCAAAGACCACCAUCUCCUGCGAGGAGUUCUCGGCCGCGCUUCUAUCCAUACGAACCACCAGAGGUCUUAGAGGAGAUGACUGAGAAUCUGCGAAACCGGGUCGAUAAUUGGCAUGGACUUGAUUUCAACAGAUUUGGAAAGCUUCGACUCUACGGCACUUUGAAGGUUGGCAAGGAUAGAAUCUCAUGGCAGGAACUCGAAUGCUAUCUCUUUGCGGAAAUGCUCAUUUGCGUAAAAGAGAAGAAGAAUGCGCAGGCGGCGCAACAACAACAAUGGGAUGAAAAUGGCAUGCUACGCAAAGCGACACGGUGCACUUUAAAGGGCUCUAUUCUUAUCAAGAAACAUCUUAACGAGGUGACAGAAACUGGUAUGGUCGAUGAGAAUAUACUCACUCUCAGCCUCUCUGUUGCCGAACUGCCACAAUUUCAUCUACGUUUCGACAACAGAAACCAGCUGAAACUUUGGCAGCAGGCUCUUCUUGAUCUCAAUGCUGUUGAGGGGUCUCCGGUCAGAGGCCCAGAUUAUGACCGACACGAGAUCUCGGAGAACGAAGAAGAUGAAUGGGGGAGAGGAGGUCGACCACAGCGAGUCUCUUCUGUAGCCUCUUCGUAUGCUGGGCCCAAAUCUGCGACAACAGCCGCUACCGAGUACACCACUUUCACUAAGAGCCCGCUUCUUUCCUCUGUCCACGUACCGAUCGAUGUUGUCGUUGUUGUGCCCAUCUCUUCUUCGAUGCAGGGUGUCAAGAUCAACCUUGUGAGGGAUGCCUUGAAGUUCAUGGUUCAAACUUUGGGCGAACGUGAUCGUAUGGGUCUCGUCACCUUCGGUUCGGGAGGAGGUGGUGUUCCCAUCGUAGGCAUGACUACUAAGUCGUGGCACGGAUGGAACAACGUGCUAGCCUCCAUCAAACCCGUAGGACAGAAGAGCCACCGCGCGGAUGUUGUUGAGGGCGCAAACGUUGCCAUGGAUCUGCUCAUGCAGCGCAAGUAUAACAAUCCGAUCGCUACCAUCAUGCUCAUUAGCGACGCUUCGACAUCCGAUGCUGAUAGUGUCGAUUUUGUUGUUUCGCGAGCGGAAGCCGCCAAAAUUACAAUUCACUCAUUCGGCCUUGGAAUGACUCACAAGCCAGACACUAUGAUUGAAUUAUCUUCGCGUACGAAGGCAUCGUACACGUACGUAAAGGACUGGAUGAUGCUGCGCGAGUGUUUAGCUGGGUGUCUAGGAUCGGUCCAGUCUUUGUCUCAUCAAAACGUCAAACUGAAGCUUAGACUACCAGAAGGCUCUCCUGCAAGAUUCCACAAGAUCAGCGGAGCGUUGCAGAUCACCAAGCGGGCCACCGGCCGUGACGCUGAAGCUUCGCUAGGCGAUCUUAGAUUUGGCGAUAAACGAGAUAUCCUAGUCCAGCUUGUUAUUGCCCCUGACACAACAUCCCAAGAGCAACUACCGCAAGACCCGUGGGAGACAAUCGUAUCUGGAUUGGAAGCAUUAGGAGGAUCUGUGGAACACGACGACCAGAGGACUCUUUCGGUCGAAGAGUUGCCGCUGAUCCAAGCAGACCUAGUUUGGGGCGACAUACUGCGAGAUGGCACCAUGAUGCAUCUUCCUAGGCCAUCAUUACUUGCCAUCACAAUGCUACCUGCACCAGGCAGUUCCAAGAAGCUUUCAUGGCAGAAUAACCCCCCUAUUCCUCCCCACCCACAUAUUGUCCAACGACGAAUGGAGCUUCUCACCUCCGACAUGCUCACCCGAGCAUUGACAUUAGUCUCGCGAGGUCAACAUGAUCGCGCGCACACCCUCCUCAACGAAACUCGAUCCAUCUUGAAGGGUCUAGGCAAAGGCGGCCUCCCACCUGUCCCUCUUAUCCCUCUUCCACCAAUCCCUGGUAGCAAAUCGAGCCCUUCUACCCCACAACCGGGAUCGGAUGCUUCUCCCAUUUCGGCGACCCCGGAUCGAAAGCGUACGCCAUCUCCGACUGCCUCGGCACACUCGGGCGCCAACGGUUUCCCACCACCGCUCCCACGAACCCGAUCAACCGAUGGGUUAACGCUGGGCAACUCGGCCGGUGUCGACGUUGGCACCGUUGCCGCUCUUGAUGCUGAACUAGAAGCCAGCUUGGAGUGGAUCAGCCAUCCGGCGGUGUUUGGACGCGACAGUCGCAAGGCUGUCCUGCAAGCUAUCGGUGUCAUCAGCAGCCAGCGAGCCUUUACAUUCCGAACAGCAGUCGAAAGCUUAUGGGCGGGUCGUGUAAGCGGUGUGAAGAAGUUGACAGACAAGAGCCGUGAAUGGAGAGAAGAGGGAAGCGGGGAAGGGAUCAUUGAAGAGGCAUGA